AUGGAGCAAACUUCACCAGGGCAUGGCAAAGCUGAAGAGCGACUACCGCUGCAAUUUGUUGCUGUCUGCCGGCACGCCGAGCGUGCAGAUGAUAUGGGUGCGCUUCUUCACGGGAUGCCAUGGUGUUUGACUCAGGACUCGAAGCAUUGGCCAUAUGACCCACCCCUGAGUGACACGGGCCUCGUCGAAGCCGAGGAACUUGGAGUGAGACUGCACAGGGUCGCUGGUGAGCUGGAUGCGGAUCUACAUGUUGUCAUUACAUCACCGUAUUUGCGUUGCGUUCAGACAGCCGCUUGUGUUUGCAAAAGCUUUGGAAAGGGCACGAAGCUACUCAUCGACAACUCUCUCGGCGAAAUUUAUGGACCUUGCAUUAUGGGAGACGAGCCAGAGAAUCCGGUGCGGCCACUUCAGCAGAGUGCUGAUUUCUGCCUGGCUCAUGGAGUGGAGAGCUUGGAGGUUCGCAAAGUUCUCGGUCAGUGGCCAGCCUGGCCAGAGACCCUGAAGGGAGCCCGACAACGCUUUGCUGCGAGGUUUGUGGAUUAUGUGAAACGCGGCUACGCGGCUCGCCGAAACUUCUUGAUAGUCUCACAUGCUGAUUGUGUGGGUGGUGCGUUGACGCUGAUACCUUGUGGCACAUGUAGGCACAAUGUAGAGAAAGUCAACUUUGCUGGACACUUCACACUGGUCAGUCCCAGAUGUGAAAGCGAAGCUUCCUCCGAAACAGAAGCCGACGACCCGAUGCAGCAGCUGGAAAAAGCCGCGGCCGCCGCUGUGCGUCGCAUGGCAGCGCUGAGCGCCGCGGAGAAGCGGAGCCCACGGAGCCCGCGGAGCCCACGGAGCCCGCGGAGCUGGAGCCCCGAAGUGAGCCAUCCGAGCAAUCCGCCACGCUUUGAACGGCCCGGGCCCGACUACAUGAGGAGCCGUGGUGCUGCUUUGGUCCGCCGCGAGGAGGCCUUGCAAGCGGUUCGGGCCAAGAAGGAGUGGUCAAUCCUGCAAGGGUAUGACGAAGACCACCAUGCCGAUGUCAGCGAUUUAGGCAACGACCUGGGCUCGGGCAUCUCGCUCGGAGAGGGCUGGUUUUUGCAGACCUCAGGUAUCGUGUUGCGUGGCAAGCGAAAAAGCCUUGCUUCAAGAGGCUCCCUGACUGACGAGGAGGUUGUGAGAGACUGGGGCAUUCCCCUCUUGCUUCCGUCGGCGGAUGAGAGUCAAAGGUGGCAGCAGCUGUUGGAGUCACUGCCGCAGGCUCCUCUUGCAAAAGAGGAGGGUCGCCGAUCCAGUGGGAGGUUCUCGGUUUGCUCCUUGGAGUUGUUCACAGGAGCCUCCACGACCAAUUCCUGGACAAAGGGCCCCAGGGCGAGUACGCUUAACGAUGAGCUGGAAAGCACCAGCAUCUGGACGGGCCAGACGUUGGUGUCCAACGCUUGGUCGGACAGCCUUCUGGUUCCUUCUCGUCAGAGUAUCAAGGUCGCCUAUGGCAGCCGCUCAUCCUUUCUGAGGCGAUUCUCUUUUCCAGAUCAAGCUGGUGCGCAGGCGGCUUCAGCUGCAGCUGUGCAAGAAGUUCACCAGCUCGCACCAAGUUCAAAGCAAAUCUCACGUGAGGUUGCAGCUGUCGAGGAAGCACACGUAUCAACACCGUCUGCGCCUGGCGAUGUGUCAGGUGUCCCACCUGUCUUGCUCGGUCAGGAAGAGAAGUUGCAAACUGAGCAAGGGGAUUCCCAGCCCAAGACCGAAGAUUGUCUUCCAAGCAGGACCAUUCUGCCUCCAGUGUUGCCAGUGGAUCUUAAGGAGAAGCGGCGCGUCUUUGUUGAAGAAGAUCAAAUGCUGCUUCCGGACAAGUCCCCUCUCUACCAAAGGAGACGGGGAAGGAAGGGCAUCCUCAGCGAAGACUCCGUGGCCAAUGCUUCUACCUCUGAUGGAAGAGCCGCCAGCUCCCAGCUACGUACAUGCUCACACAUCGCGAUGAGCAGCCUAGUCUUGGAAAUGGGGUCUGGCUUCUCGCCAAACUGUGCCGUGUGCUUUGGAAGCUCCGCGAAGUCGGUCCAUCUGGACAUUGAGAAACUUGACGUCGAGAGCGUCGCCGCAUCUUGUAGCAUCCAUCGUUGCUGUGCCAAGAGUUUCGCAAACUGUGGCCGGGACAUGGUGAUCACAUUCGAUCUGUUUGCAGGUGAGGCGGGUGAUAUGUCUGCAAUUCGGUGCUUCGAGCCCACGAGCAGGCGUGCCUGGCCGACUCCUCGGGUCAGUGCACCCGCUGCCCUCUUCUUCGUAGACGGACACUACCCAGAGGUGGAGGAGCUGGCUCCGUCGCUGCGAGCAGCUGGCCUUGAGUGCCAUGUUAUCGGCAAAAGGACAACCAGAUAUGCGGAAUUUGUACAGUAUGGUCUCGUCGCGGUCCUCCACAAGCCACUUCGACGCAAGUCAACGAAACGCCGUCGAAAGGACAGGCUGAAGGAUGGCGACUCGGAGCCCGUGCUGGUGUCCACAGUGCCAGAACUGCCGGACGAGUCCAUGCAGUCUGCGGCUUUUGCUGAUGAGGCAUCCGAGGAUGAAGCGGAUCCUGAAGCCAAUCCUGGACUUUCAGUGGACAAGAGACCGCGGGGCGAAGAGAGAGAAGACAGCAAGGACGAGCAGAAGGAGGAGAAGAGCGAGAAGAAGGAGAAGGAGGACAAGGAGCAGAUUGAAGAAGGGGAAGCCUCUGAAGAGAACGACAAACCCGAUGGGCAGGCGAAAGGACGGCCGAAUAGCGAACAGGAAGAAGCUGAUGACAAGAAAGAGAAUGAGUCGGAGGAGGGUGAGUCGGAGGAGGAGCAGGAAGAGCAAUCAGAGGAGCAGGAAGAGGAGGAUCAGGAGGAUCAGGAGGAGGAGGAGGAGGAGCAGGAGGUGCAAGAGGAGCAAGAAGAGGAACCAGCAGAAGAUCAGGUCGAGCCGGAGGAAGGAGAGAUCGAAAGCGAGGAGGCGGAAGAUGAAGGCAGGACUCAGCAAAGCGAUGUCAAGGAGGCGGAAAGAUCCCCGAACGUUUCAAUCAAGCUCGUGGAGAAGAAGGAUGUGAAGCGGUGUGAGUCUUCGGGUAGUCCCGCGGCGCGGAAGAAAGAGAAAAAACACAAGAAAAAGAAGCGUUCGCGCAAACGACCUCCUGACAGCUCCGCCGAGGCCACUGACAGGCGAGGCGACGCGCCGCCUUCAGGAGAUGGAAGCAGAACGCGGCCCCGAUCCCGAAGUUGCAGUCCGCGAAAGCCCCUGCCACGCCGCAAGGCUGGUAGGGACGAUAGGGACGAUAGGGACGGUAGGGACGGUAGGGAGAGGGAAAGGAGCACGGCAAGAGUCAAGGACGAAGCCCUACCAAGGAGACGGGCGAGAAGCGCAGAUAAACGAUCACCUCGGCGUGACCCUUCGCCAAUAAGGCGGACCAGGAGAGGUGAUUCUCCACGAGCUCCACGUGCCAGUGAAGGCACGCGGAGGGAAUCAACACUAGAGAAGGAUGACAAGAAGGACAAGGACAGCCGCGUGAAGCGCGACAACAGAGACAGGAGAACCUCGCCAGAGCGCAGAUCGACUCACCGAUGCAGGAGGUCUCGAAGCGGCAGGUCCAGAAAUCGGCGGUCGCCAAAGCGGAGAUCUAUGAAGAGAAGAUCUCGAAGCGGUAAGAGAUCUCCGAGCAGGAAGCAGCGAAGAAGAUCCAGAAGUCAACCAUCUCGAGGCAAGAGGAGUCCCAGUACCAGCCGUGCCGUGCGGGAUGAUCUUCGCAGGGUGCCGGAGAUUGCAGCCAGAGCUGAGAAAGAACAUUCUCCCAGAAAGGAGGGUGAAGCUACAAUUACAGAGCAGGCAGAGCCAGUUGCCACGCCGACGGCGACCACGGUGGUCAACACGGCGGCGACAAUGACUGGUGCGUCCACCUCGACAGCGCAGUUGACUUCCAAACCGCCAGAGAGUGAAGACUACGUCGAGCAGGCUGAGAAGGUUGCGGCGCAACUGACAUCACUUGCAGCUCUUGAGGAAGCAAGGAAAAUUGCAGCGCGUUUGGAGCUUCGCGCAAGGGACCCACCCAACCUGGAUACCGGCAGCAACGCUUCCAUCGGCCAGGCUGCGGUGGAUCGUGAGAGCACAUCAGGUGCGAAGCCACAUGGUGUGCAGCAAGCGCAGACGCCAGAGCAGCUGAAGGAGCACGGGGCAGCUGCCCCGAAGCAAGACGCCUCUGCUGGAAGUAAUCGCGAGGAGUCACCUAACAAAAAGCAGCACAGUUCGCAGACCGUGAGCGAUGGCACAGAGCACAAUGAACUGUCCAGCUCGAAGCCGGGAGAAGACGCUAGUCAACGACAUGCAGGACAGGAUGAGCAGCAAAGGGUGCCAGCUUCUGCCGAUGUUCCUCGCACAACUGGAGCGAGGCAGGCUUCACACACUGACCAGACCUUGCAGACUUCUGAACGUCUGCGGCCUGAAGCAGAUGUUGACAAGAACAACAUGUCAAGUGGAAACGAGCAGGGUUCCCAACCGCCGCAAAAGCUUGCAAGCGAGGGCGCUCCUCCUGUGCAACAAGACGACACCUUUCGGAAGACGGGUGUGACAGACCCUCGUUUUGAUGCGAAGCAACCCUGCGUCAGCAUGGAGAGCGAAAACACCUUGGCUCCGAACCGGAACAGUCCGAGGAAGACAGACAACCCCGCCAAGGCAGAAAACGAGAGCGUGGCGGCUGCAAGACAGGACGUUCUUGGUGCAAGCCAUGACGAGGUCACCAGUACGAAACAGCAAGGCGUGCAGUCGCAUAACGCCGAGCCUCAGCUUGACCGCCAGCAGAACGAGAAAGCUGUCAAGCUGGACUCUAAGGUGACGGCUGGUGUGAAACAAGAUGCUUCAGAAAAGGUGCCAUCCUCUGCCACCCUGGAUGGCAACAGUCCCACUAGGGAUGCUUCCCACAAGGUGGAGCCAACAGAGGCCGCCAAAGUCAGCAAUCAAGGACUUGCUCUGAAGGAUGAUGCACAGGCGAAGGCGACGAAGGCACCGACUGCCGCCACGCAAUCUGCUUCCCCGCUCACCGUCAUACCGGACACCAAGGUGGAGCUGCUGCGAGUGGAGCGGCACAAGACGCAUCCGAUGGCUUUCAUCACAUUGAACGAGGCAUCAGCUGCGAGAGCCAUCAUCGAGCAACAGCAGGAGUCCAUCCUUGGAGUCCAGGUGGAGCGUUGGGAGGCCUCCGAUCAAGAUCCGGCAGCCUUCCUACUGUUGUGGAAGGGCCAUCGAGAUGACCUCAAAGAGGCGGCACUGACUACGUAUUUCAAAAAGUUCAUCGAGGGCGUGAACAAGGCACGGGAGGUUGCAGCAUCUGCGGGGAAGGCCAAGAAUGUACAGCUUUCUGCCUCGUCACCUGCAGCAUCUCUGGUGGCCCAGGCGUCCAAGGCCGAGGCGAAGGCAGAGCCCAAGGCCAAGCCGAAGGUCGCAUUGAACCCAGAGCAGCAGAAAGCAUUCAUCGAGCAGCAGAUGAAGCAGGUGCAGCAGAAGCAGGCAGAGGCCCUCUCGCAGGAGCUGCAAGAGAAGCUGCAGAGGGUGGCUCAGGAGAUUCAGCUGCGUCAAAACAUGCUGGAGCACUUCAAGAACCAGGACCUCUCCACGUUGCCAGUUUCAGAGCGGAACCUGUUGGCGCAGUUGCAGUCGGAGCUCCAACAUUUUCAAGAGCAGCGUGUUGUUUUGGAGCAAGCUGCCGCCAAAGAGAUGGGUGCCUCUGGGGCUCAAGCACUGCAGGCGCAACGAGCGCAAGAGAUGCAUGAGCCUCGAGCCACAGCCACAGCACAAACGGGCGCGCAAGGCACGGACCAGCACCAGCACAUGCACGCACAACAGCAAGGCCUGAACCAGCCGUCACCACCUCCACCGCCGCCGCCACAGCCACAGCAAACUCAGCAGCAAGAGCAGCUGGUCCAAAUGGCCCAGCUGCAGAUGCAGCACAUGCAAGAAGCACAAAUGCAGCACCAGAUGCAGCAACAGGCCUGGUCGCUCAGUGUCGCUGUGCGGUUGUUGGCAUUGUCUGACUGCGCAGCUUUCUGA